CGCUUUCCGUCCUCAGACUGCGGGCUUAGAGGACACGAGUGGGCUCGGAGCGCGGCGGGCGGCGGCAGGAUGUUGGCUUCUAGGGCAUGUAGCCUUAUUGGCAAGCGGGCCAUUUCCACUUCCAUCUGUGUCAGGGCUCAUGGACACGGUAUUGUAAAAGCAGAGGAUUUCAGUGUGCCCGCCUAUGUUGACUGUCGGGCCACUCCUCUGCCCCCAAUUGACUAUACGAAAAGCCUCUCUUCUGAGCAGAAAGCCCUGAAGGAAAAGGAGAAGGCAUCCUGGGCUUCCCUUUCUGUUGACGAGAAGGUUGCGUUGUACCGCAUCAAAUUCCAUGAGACUUACGCUGAAAUGAACAGGGGAUCGAAUGAAUGGAAGACCGUUUUUGGUGGAGUAUUCUUCUUCCUCGCCCUCACUGGCUUAAUUUUUAUUUGGCAAAAAAAGUAUGUUUUGGGGCCAGUACCCCACACUUUGUCCGACGAAUGGGUGGCCAUGCAGACCAAAAGAAUGCUGGAUAUGAGAGUGAACCCGGUCCAAGGCCUCUCUUCCAAAUGGGACUAUGAGAAGAACGAGUGGAAGAAAUGAACAGCAGUCCGGCCAUUUCCUUUCUUUCCCCGGUUUGACAUUUCUGAAACGGUUCCAUCCUCUCCAUCUGACUUCACUGCUUCUGUGCUUGGGGAGGGGAGAGGAAAUAAAAAACAGGAG